AUGGUCACCAAAAAACUGUCUUUCAGGGGGUUCAACCUGGGAAAGGCUAUCACGCUCAGCCUCUAUUUCACCGCGCGCUCCGACCCGUCCACAACUGACGUGUCGUCGUACACAACGGCAGCGACGGUUCCAUGGAAAGUUAUCACUAUGCCCGCGACGGGGCGCUAUGAGUCCGAAGUCACUUGGACGAGCAAGUUUGGCUUUUCCAACACUCAAAGCGGCGGCGGCGUAGCGGGCGGACAGACCACGUCGUCUGGGCUGACGUACAUUCCCAUCGAGGCAAGUGUCCCAGUGGAGCCCGUUCCCGGCUCCCCGCAUCUCGGCAGCCAGGUCCAAGCGAUCAACAACAUCGGGCGUCCCGCGACCAUCUCGCUCGGGUUCAUCGAGGAGCUCGACACAGAUCGCGAGUACAUGCACCCCGUCCUGACCUACCCCAACGUCGGGAACGGCCUCUCCGUCGUCGGCAGCCCCGCGCGGAUGCUCAGCGUGCACGUCUCGCUCAACCACCAGGAGGCCGCGCGCGACGGGCUGAGCGGCGGCAUCGCGAGCCCGACCGACCAGCCGAUCUGGGAGGUCGAUCUGCUCAGCCUGAACCCGAGCACGGUCAUCCGCAUCUCGCAGGACCCGACCACCGGCGCGUUCGUCGCGAGCAACACGAGCGCCGAUGCUGUGCCGGCGCCGCUGAACGUGCAUGACUUCGGCAGGAUCACGCUCAAGGAGAUCGAGGGUCCCACGCGCGUUGCGCGCGAACUCCGCAUCUGCCGAUGGUGCACGCAACCCUGGGCCAUCGAGGACGAGACCCACGUACUCCUAGAGUGCGACGCCGACGCCCCGCGCGGCCUCCGCGAGGUCUUCCUCCAAGCCGUCUUCACGGCGGUGCCCUCCUUACGAAAGGCGCAUUUUCGCCUAUCAAGUGUCGUUCUCCUCGACAUGCUCCUCCGCGGCUCGACAACGCUCCCCAUACUGGCGAGCUACGUCGCCGACAUCUUCGAGCUGUGCGACACAACCCCACCCCUACUACCCCAAGACAACGCGCCCGAACAGGACGUGGCUGGGAGGGCCUGA